UUGACAAAACUGGACAAAAAGUUAACCUAGUUGUGUAUAUAUAUUAAAAAGCGGUAAGACAAUUAUGGUUUUUUUUUUAAAUCAGUGAGAUAAGGAAUUAGGGUUUCUUUCUUGUUGAACGAGUAACGGAGGGUUUAGUUUUUUUUUUCGAUUGUUUGAUCCGAGAGGAAUUAUCGGUUAGACUACUAUAUCAUAGUAAACAUCUCUGCCGGCGAUUCUCUAGCGUCAGCCGUCAGCUUGGGGUGUGAGAGAGGAAGAUGGCUCAUGUGGAUAGGAUCAGUCAUUUGCCUGAAGCGCUACUCUUGAGAAUACUAUCAGAAUUGCCUACUACUAAAGAUGUUUUGGCCACAAUGGUUUUGUCAAAACAAUGGGAGCAUCUUUGGAAGUCAGUGCCGAAACUGGUAUACAACGAUAGCUGUCAGAAUAUUUAUGAUACUGGAAGGUUUUCUUGCUUUGUGGACAGGUCUUUGAUUCUGCACGAAGCACCGGUAGAAACUUUGCAUUUCAAACUAACUCAGAAAUCUCUUGCUGUUAAUGAUAUUGGAGUAUGGAUUACAAUUGCAGUUAAGUGCGGUGUGCGUGACAUGAUUAUCAAUAUCGACUGUUAUUCCUGUACAACUCCAGUCAUACUUCCAAGGAGUUUAUAUAAAGGCUCUAGAAUGCUUGUUUCCUUGAAACUAAAUAGUGUGACUCUUAUGGAUGUUUCUUCAUUGCCUUCUUUCCCGACCCUUAAAACUCUGAGCCUUGUAUCUGUCAAGUACCCAGGUGAUGAGUUUGUCAGGAGGUUUUUGUCGAGUUGUCCUGUUCUUGAAGCUUUGCGUGUGGAACAACGUCCCGAUGACAAUGUAACCAUUUUCACAGUUAAGGUACCUUCUCUCAAGAGUGCAACUUUGUAUAAAUCAGCAAGAAGAUGUACAGAAAGUGAAGAUGGAUUUGUAGUAGAUGCUCCUUCUUUGGAGUACUUGAACAUUUGUUUUCGUCCGGUUGGAUUUUGUGUCAUUGAAGAUAUGCCUAAAAUUGUUAAGGCAAAUGUUACUGCGUAUCAUAGUUCUUCUGGGGUGACUCUGACUUCUUUCACUUCAGCAAAGCGUCUCUCUAUAUGUUUACCAUACUCAAAGGAUGCAUAUUCUGUUGGUACUGUCUUCCACCGUCUUGUACGUUUAAGAAUAUUCACAUAUAAGACAGAGUGGUUGAAUCUACUUAUGUGUUUGCUCAAUGAUUCCCCUAAUUUACGGCAUCUCAAACUUCAAAAGUGCCAUGAGAUUGAACUCGCACGCCCCUGCUGGAAUGACCCGAGCUCAGUUCCUGAGUGUCUGUCAUCGAGUCUAGAAACUCUUGAAUGGGAAGGAUAUGAAGGAAGAAAAGAAGACAAAGAAGUAGUAGCAUUCAUAUUAAGAAGCGGAAGAUGUUUGAAGAAAGUAACCAUCUCCUCUAAAUCCACUGACUCCGACAAGAAACUUGAGAUGCUCAAGGAGUUGUCCUUGUCAUUCAGGCGUUCACCUACAUGUCAGCUUGCAUUCGACUGAACUUGCGCUCAGUAGUCAAAGUUGGGUUGUUUUUGGUCCCAUAUCUUAUAAACGUUAGAAAAACGUGAUUUUCUUCUAAUCAUUUCGUUUUACUAUUUUGAAUAGACAGCAAAACCCUCUGUUUCUUAUGUUUUCGGCUGAGAAGUUGGAUUGUGAUGAGUUGGAUUGUAUGGAUAUGAUAAGUUAGUUACUGCUCUUGAAGAGAUUGUCGUUAAUAUCUACGACAAAAGUUGUACUAAUAUCUAGAGACUACAACGAAUGUUGUGACAACAAUAGUUUUGACAAAACAUUAAAACUGAAAA